AUACUUCUUUAUCUGGGCAGGGGCAUUGUCAGAUUGAGGGUGCAGGAGUUCCAAAUGCUGUUUGUUCCAGCUCUGUGUUCGAUCGCAACAACGUGAAUGUCUUGUCUGUGCUGGUGGAUUAUUAACAGAGGUUAUUGGUCUCCAUGGCAAAAUGAUUGCUCUCAAUGUAAUCUCAUUUAUGGGGGUGCAAGUAAAAGGACUUCAGGUCAGAGAGAGUGUAUAAAUGGCCACCGUCAUCGAGGUGCUGCUGCAUUUGAGAAGCUGAAGCAACUCCAAGGGCACGGUGCACAGGCCGAUUGGCUUCUCAGCCCCGAAAUACGGAUUGGACUGGGGACGCUCUCCAGGACGCUCUGGCGACACCUUAGAAGAGACCCGUGAAGGACGCGCUGAGGCCUUUUCUCGCAGCUCGCCCCCGUCCUUGCCAGCAUGUGCACUGGGGGCUGCGCCAAGUGCCUGGGGGGCACCCUCAUUCCCCUCGCUGUGUUUGGCUUCCUGGCUAAUGUCCUGUUAUUUUUCCCCGGAGGAAAAGUGAUCGACGACAACGUCAACCUUUCGGACGAGGUCUGGUUUUUCGGAGGAAUAUUAGGAAGCGGGGUCUUGAUGAUCUUCCCGGCGCUGGUGUUCUUGGGCCUGAGGAACAAUGACUGCUGUGGGUGCUGCGGCAACGAGAGCUGCGGGAAGCGAUGUGCGAUGUUCACCUCCACAAUAUUCGCUGCGAUCGGAUUCUUGGGUGCUGGAUACUCGUUUAUCAUCUCGGCCAUCUCCAUCAACAAGGGUCCUAAAUGUUUCACGGUCAAUGGCACCUGGGCCUACCCCUUCCACAACGGGGAUUACCUGGGUGACAAAGCCUUGUGGAGUAAAUGCCGAGAGCCUGCCGACGUGGUCCCCUGGAAUCUGAGCCUCUUCUCCAUCUUGCUGGUCAUAGGAAUAAUUCAGAUGCUUCUCUGCGCCAUCCAGGUGAUCAACGGCCUCCUGGGGACCCUGUGCGGAGACUGCCAGUGCUGUGGAUGCUGUGGGGGAAAUGGGGCCGUUUAAACCCGGGCGGUGAGCAGCUGUGACUCCACGGCAUGGAGGACAGGUUAAACGGACUCCCUUCUUCCUCGUCAGUUCCGACCUGCUUCCUACCUGCGAAGCUUAGGGAAGGCAGAGCCGUUCCUUCUUCUUUCCAGCAGCUUAGUCCAACUUCCAAUUUUAUGUUAUUUUCAAAUAAAAAAGUUUGGCCACUUAAAAAGUUAGAUUGACAAAUCUUUCAAAUUAGCUUCCUUUGAGAAUUGAAGAGCAGGUUCAAAGCAAGUUUUCCACAAUUUUUUCUUGAAGUGUGAAAAAUGUACAGUCAUGCGUCCUGCUACCCUGCUUCUGUGUAUAUAGAGAUGUUCAUAUCUUUGGGAACUUUACAUAAUUCAAAGCGGGACAGCACAUUAAAAAUGAGAAGCUAAAGCCAAUUUUUAUUUUCAAGAUUUAUGGGAAAAAAGAAUGACUGAUGUAUCACACAUAAUUUGUAUUUGGUGUCUUUGGGGCUAACGUGUUUGAAUUACCUGUGAAUAGUCUUUUGAGCCUGCCAUCAUUUGCUGGGGUUUCUUUAUGUAUAUUAAAUUAAAAUCCGAAUUCAGAGGUAAUACAAUAAUAAAGAUUGUGUGUGUUUGGGGAGGGAGAGGCAGAAGAGUAAACGAACACCCUAUUUUUCACCUUUUUACAAAUGCUUACUUUGAUCAAACAAAAAUCAGUGUUUUAAAAAAGUUGAUUUGUGUAAUAAUUUUGUCCGCCUAUGGCCCAGGAUUAAGGUAGUAGGUAUUGUUAAUGCUAAGUGUUCUACUAUGACAUUAAUUUUGGUUUUAUCAGUGAGGCACUAAUAUGGAUCAAGUCCAUUCUGUUGAUCCGAGUUCAAACCCCAACCUCACCACAUACCAGCUUGGGGAUGCUGGGAAAUGUACUGAGUCUCAGCUUCCCCAUCUGUAAAAGGACUGUUGAAAGAAAUCGAUCAUCCAAGAAACGCUGAAGUCCCCCAGGGGUGGAACGAGGAGGCCAGUGGGCUUGCCAACAUGUCUGAGGUGCAAUAAGGGGGAGCUCAGAGGGAGUUACAAGCCAGGCAGGCUACUUCUGCACCUGCCGAGCCGACAGGCCCCCUGAAGCCUGGGUUUCUCAUCGUAUCAAUAGAGUAAUUCCCAGUCACCGACUGAGCGCCGGCCGCCUGGGGCUACACAUGGAAGGCACAAAGAGUUACACGCUCUGAUUUUGCCCUUGCUACAAUGAGAGCUCUGAGAUCAGAGAUUGCACCUGGCACUUAACAGGCAGAAGGAAGAAAGGUGGGUAGAUAGACAUGUAAGAUCUCACUGGGGAACUAUAAAUACACACACACAUUAACACACACACUGACGCAUGGACACAGUGUUUCAAUUCACUUUGGACCAUUGGUUUUCAAACAUGGCUGAUGGUCAGAAUCACCCAGGAAAUGUCCUAAAAUUACAGAUUCCUGAGCCCUAGCCUAGACCAGCUGCAUCUGGAAAUCUUUAUCUCCAGCCUGGACCACUGCCCUGCCUGCUAAAUGGCUGUUUUUGAAUGUCUCCUUGGCACCUUACAACAACAGUUCUCAACUGAACUCGCCCAGGCCCUCACACAUGCUUCUCCUGAAAUCCCUGUCUCGGGGCACAUCACGUCGGCAUCGAGUACACACAGAACUGCAGGUGUGACCCUAGAUCCCUGUCCUAAAUACACAACUUACCACGGUCCUGCCCUUCAGUGGCUUCCGUCACCCGGCCCCUACUGGCCUCUGCAGACCCAGCCAUCGCUCUGCCCAGAACUCCGGGGUCCAGUAACUGCCUGAUGUCCUUGGCACCCCACACACUCCUUCAAACCCUGCUUCUUCUCCUUCAAGACUCAGUUCAGGGCUCAUCUUGUCCAGGUUCUUCCUUCAUCAUAGUUCCCCCAGCUAACUGACAACCCCCCACGUUCUCCCAUGACAUCCCUCAUAUGUCAGACUGGUUGCCCCUUUCACGUUACGUCGCAUAACACUUCCUUCUGUCCUGCUGGACUGAGAACUCCUUAAGCUCAGGAACUCUCUCACCAACGUCUGUGCCUCUUCCCAGCACUGGGCCUGGACCAUAGUAAAUGCUCAGUGGAUGGGAGAUUAUCAGUGGUAUGUGACUAAAUUAUUCUGCUCAAGAGAAAGAAAAAGCUUCUCUCAAACAUUUUAGAAUCGAGCAUUUGUAAUAAAAAAUCACCCCAGCAUUUGUCGUUACUACCCAGAGACCUUGGUGAGGGAUAUAUAUGGGUAAUUUCACUUAAUCCUCAAAACAGGAGACCAAGUGCUCACACUUGCCCGUUUCUUAACUGCUGCUUUGUCUUGACAAAACUCAAGUGGGGCUUCUCUCGUCCCCACAGGCCCCUGAACUCUGCCUGCCUUGGGCCUGGGCAGGCUCUAAGGCCUCCCUUUAUCAGCGUAUCCUGGGAAUGGCUGACCACAGCGAGACACGCUUCCCGCCAGACCCCGGCCAUCACGCUCCCUGCUUGCCCAACUCCCAUGGCUGCUGAGAUCUCCUUACCCCUCCCCAUAAAAGAAAAGCCUUUUCUGUUUGGUUCUGAGCUACCUGCAGAUUCCUGAGAUUGGAGACUCUCCUGUUCGCGAUGGUCUUUUCGAAUAAAGUUUCUCCUUAUCGAAGUCCAGGUUUGUUUUUAUUUGACACAACUCUAUGAUUUAGAAACGAUGCUCAGAACAUUUCACAUAAGAGUAAACUGAGGCUUAGAAAAAAUAAAUAACUUUCCCAGGGCCCCAUAAGGGGCCCCAUAAACAGCCAAUGGGAAGUCCAGGAUCCAAACUCAUCUGAGGGUGAGAGGUCACACUCAGCCGCUGUGCUACACACACCUCACGCCUGCUUUCACCAGCAUCGGGGAAGACCUGCUUCACUACGCUCAAAGUUCAUCUACAGACCCGAAAGCACUAAAAUUCUAUGUCGUGUCAAUUUAUACUGUUUAUUAGUCCAUGCCAACCUGAAAACUAUCAAUUAAAAUAUUAUAAUGAAAAUUAGUAUUAUUAUUGUGUGUGUGC